AUGCCUCAACUGGAUAAAUUCACUUAUUUGGUCAUGUCAGAAUUUGCACCUAUUUGUCUCUCAUUCCUGAUCAGUCUGCUAGUUUCUUUGAUCUUACUCGGUAUUCUUUUUGUUAAUCCAACACGAAAGUUGCCCCCAUGCAAGGUUUUUCCUAUGGCUCUCGGUCUUUUAUCUUGCUUUGGCACUCCUCUUGCCUUUAGUGCCGACACCGUACCUUCCCCUUCGGAUUUGUUUACGUAUACUUCCGACAUGCUGGAAGACUCGGCGAGUUCCGGGCAUAGUAGUAGUACCUCAGCGGUCAAUCAACCGCUUCCGGGGGAACAAGCUAUGCCUCCCGCUCUUCCUGUUAUGCAGGAAGCUGCUCUACCCUACCCCUAUCAAAAUAAUGAGAUUAUAGGGGGGGGGGGGGGGACAGUGUUGAAUCCAUCCAACGGAGGCUUUUGGGGAGAUUCCCCUCUCCUUCUGCCCAUGAGAUUCAAAUGGCCCGGAUUGAAGCCGAAGACCUAUUCGAGGUCAAGGUCGAUAUCUGUCAGAGUGCCAUUCCGGGCGGAUGCAGAUCAACACUCAGCCACCUAG